AUGCUCAAGUUCCUGUUGUUGGUGGCCCUGGUGGCAGCGGCGGCCAAUGCCGAUGUGCCUUUGACUCUGCUUGACAAAUAUCCCAACGCACGUUGUAUGGAUGGUACGCCCGGUGGUUAUUACUUUCAGCCAAGCAGCAACGCCUCGGCGUCCACCAAAUGGGUCAUCUCCCUCGAAGGCGGCGGCGAGUGCGCCACGGAGGACAGCUGCAAGAGCAAGCUCAACACUUCCCUCGGGUCAACCGAUCAUCGCCCCAAGAGCAUCGGCAGCUUGGGCUUCCUCGGAACCGAUGAUUGCAACGAAAACCCUGUCAUGUGCCAGUGGAACCGAGUGGAGGUGGUGUACUGCUCCCAGGAUCUGCAUUCCGGCCAACGCGCCCAACCCUCGGACGAGUCCUGGGGCAUCAUCUUUGCUGGAAAGCUGAUCGUUGACGCCAUCAUCGAAGAUCUGGAGGCCAACCAUGGCCUCACCGAGGCCACAGAGAUUAUUCUUUCGGGUGAUUCGGCCGGUGGCCUCGGUACCUGGUACCACCUCAACGACCUGGUCGAUCGCUAUCCCCAGGCCAGCGUUUACAACGUCCCCAUCGCCGGCUUUUACUUCCCGGCUUACCCCUACACCGGCCCCAAUCACACUCAGUCGGGGCUUGCCGACUUCCGUGCCGAGGCCUGGCCUGGACACGUGACCCUCUGGCAGAGCCACAUGGACCAAGAUUGCCAGCGCGACAUGCCCGUCAACGACACGUGGAAGUGCAUGCUUGCCAACUUCUCGUACCCUUACAUGCGGGCGCCCAUUUUCAUUGUUGAGGCACAAACCGACGAAGUUGUGACCACAGGUCAUGACUGGCUGCCUGCUAAUGACAUCUACCAACCCCCUGAGCAAGCCUAUCUCGCCGAGUGGGCAGCCAACAUGACCCAGGGCCUCCAGCGCGCCGCCAACAGCCACCGCGAUGGCGUUUUCAACGCUGCCUGCUUCAUUCACACGACCUUCACCAACAGCAAACCACGCAUCAAUGGCCUCACCUACCACCAGGCCAUGUUGCAAUGGCUUGCUGGUGAAUCCAUGGUGCUCAUCGAUGAUUGUGGUGUCAUUUGCAACCCCACCUGCCCUUAG